CCCAGUGCCCAGAGGCACCAAAUGUCCAACCGCAGCUCCAUCACCCAGUUCCUCCUCCUGGCAUUCGCAGACACGCGGGAGCUGCAGCUCUUGCACUUCUGGCUCUUCCUGGGCAUCUACCUGGCUGCCCUCCUGGGCAACGGCCUCAUCAUCACCGCCGUAGCCUGGGACCAUCACCUCCACACCCCCAUGUACUUCUUCCUCCUCAACCUCUCUGUUCUUGACCUGGGCUCCAUCUCCACCACUCUCCCCAAAUCCAUGGCCAGUUCCCUCUGGGAUACAAGGACCAUUUCCUCCUCAGGAUGUGCUUCCCAGCUUUUUUUCUUUUUCUUUUUCUUUUUUAUGUCAGCUGAGUAUUUUCUUCUCACCGUCAUGGCCUACGACCGCUACGUGGCCAUCUGCAAACCCCUGCACUACGGCACCCUCCUGGGCAGCAGAGCUUGCGUCCACAUGGCAGCAGCUGCCUGGGGCAGUGGCUUUCUCACUGCUCUGCUGCACACGGCCAAUACAUUUUCACUGCCCCUCUGCCAGGGCAAUGCUAUUUACCAGUUCUUCUGUGAAAUCCCCCAGAUCCUCAAGCUCUCCUGCUCACACGCCUACCUCAGGGAAGUUGGGCUUCUUGUUCUUACUGUCUAUUUAUUGUUUGGGUGUUUUGUUUUCAUCGUGGUGUCCUAUGUGCAGAUCUUCAGGGCCGUGCUGAGGAUCCCCUCUGAGCAGGGACGGCACAAAGCCUUUUCCACGUGCCUCCCUCACCUGGCCGUGGUCUCCCUGCUUGUCAGCACUGCAGUGUUUGCCCACUUGAAGCCCCCCUUCCUCUCCUCCCCAUCCCUGGAUCUGGUGACAGCAGUUCUGUACUCCGUGGUGCCUCCAGCAGUGAACCCCUUCAUCUACAGCAUGAGGAACCAGCAGCUCAAGGAUGCAGUGUGGAAACUGAUAACUGGAUGCUUUCAGAAGCAUUAA